AUGGUAGCGGUGUCUGGAAUGUCAUCCGGCACCAACAUCUUUACACGACCAUGGGCGCGAGUUGUAGCUGUGUCUAUUGUUGUAUCAAUUUGCAUGCAGACGUUAUCAAUCCUAGUGCAGCGAAUUAUCGUUUGGAAAUUUUUAAUUUGUUAUCUCCAAUUCGUACCCGAUUUCAUUAAAGAAACCGAUUACUGUUCAGCUCAGUUGUCGCAUAAACGCUACGUUGGCACAACCGAAUUGGGUUAUUUUGUUGAUCCUGUGGAGUCGUGGUAUUUCGCAGAUAAAUUUAAAGAUGUCAAGAGAGCUGUGGCUUCUACUACUCAAGCAAGUGUUAUUCAGUGGGAUUGGAAGACCAAGAAGGAAGCAUUUGCAGCGUUAAAAGCUGCGACUCAGUCGAGGGCAGAAGGAAAUAUGGCAAAGGCAGAACUCAUUAUUCAGCAUGCGCUUGCACUGGCUCCACAUCAUCCAGAUAUUUUAACUGAAUAUGGUCUAGUUGUUGAAAUGGGACGGAAAAAUCUGGUACAAGCGGAAGAGUUGUAUUCACGGGCGCUGAGCUACAAUCCGCAUCAUGCGGAAGCGUUAGUAAGUCGAGCAAGAACUUUACCCAUAGUGGAAGAAAUUGACAGGGAAAUGUUGAAGAAACUUCACGAGAAGCGUUUAUAUUUUUUACGGAUACCAAAGACUAACACCGCUUUACGAAGGGCGAUGAAAGAAUCUUAUUUUUUGCAUAUUUAUCAUACUGUAGCAAUUGAAGGCAAUACCAUGUCUCUUGGUCAGACAAGGUCCAUAUUAGAAACAAGGAUGGCAGUGGCUGGCAAAAGUAUUAUAGAGCAUAACGAGAUUUUGGGAAUGGACUCUGCGCUGAGAUUCAUAAACCAAAGCGCUGCAUACAUGUCGUAUUUUACUCUUCAGGAUAUCCUGGACAUUCACAGCCGUGUUCUUGGUUUUGUCGAUCCGGAUGCAGCAGGUGUAUUUCGCAAAACUCAAGUAUUUGUGGGAAGUUUCACUCCCAUUUCGGCAAACAUGAUACCUAAAGCAAUGGAAGAAAUGGUGAAAUGGUUGAAUAAGCGUAAUCCCUUGCUGGAUCCCAUAGAACGUGCUGCUAUUGCUCAUUAUAAGCUGGUUUCGAUACAUCCAUUCAUUGAUGGUAACGGACGUACUGCACGAUUGUUGAUGAAUUUGAUUUUGAUGCAGAGCGGUUUUCCUCCUGUGAUAAUACCAGUGGAGGCCCGUUCUGAUUAUUAUGACACUCUCGUAGCCGCAAAUCAUGGAAAUCUCCGUCCAUUUAUUCGCUUUAUUGCUCGUCAAACAGAUACCACUUUGCAAUUGUAUAUCAACUCUGCAUCCACGUGUGAUUAUCGAGAAGGAUCCGAUGAGUGUGCUAUAUCAGCAGCUCCUGAAAUCUCAACACAACACGAUCCUGAUGAUUCGUAA